AUGGAAAAGAGGAAACUGCUGAAGAAUAGCAAAAAGAAAGGUAGUUCGAGCGGACCAAUUUUUUCAAAGGAUGGAAUCCCAUUGGACUAUUUUGUCAUUAUAGAUGCCGGAUCGAAAGGAUCCAGAGUCCAUGUUUACAACUGGCUUAAUCCACAAAAGACAUUUGAAAAGGGCUUGAGUUUUGACCAAGUUAACUUUAGGAGAAGCGAAGACGUGGAGCUCAAUGAAAAGGAUGAUGAUGAUACACCAUCAUCUUCUGAAGAUGAAAGUGAUUCGGAGGAUGAUGACGUACUCGAUAAAACCAAGACAAAAGCAAAGACUAAAACCAAGACAAACACGUCAAUGGGCAACAAGAACAACAAAUCACUACAUUUCCCCAAAAUUCAUACUAAAUCAUGGUGGCACAAAAAAAUCACCCCCGGGAUCUCGGCAUUCAAUAGAGCACCUCACAAGAUUGGUAAGCACCACUUGUCAAAACUACUUUCAAGAGCCAGCAAGAUUGUCCCCAAAUCGCAGCAUUAUAGAACACCCAUCUUCCUCCAUGCCACUGCAGGCAUGAGAUUAUUAUCGCCAACUGAGCAACAACAAAUUCUUAACGAAAUAUGCAUCUACUUUGAAAAACAAUCUGAUUUCUUCAUUCCAGAUUGCGCCUCACAUGUCAAUGUUAUUGAUGGCGACUAUGAAGGCUUGUACGGCUGGUUAAGUAUAAACUCAUUAAUUGGAGCAUUCAAUGAUCCCGAAUCUCAUCAACAUGGAAAGAAUCACACUACUUAUGGAUUACUAGAUAUGGGCGGUGCGUCCACACAAGUUGUAUUUCAGCCGAAUGCUUCAGAAAUUGAAGAGCACCAGAAUAACUUGUAUCACUUGAAGUUGCGGCGACUACCAGUCUAUAACCCUGAAAAAAAAUUGUAUGACUCACCAAUCCAAGAAGAAUUUAGCGUUUAUUCAGAUUCCUUUUUGGGGUUUGGAAUGUUCCAAGCUCGCACAAGGUAUCAUAAUACCUUGCUUGCAACUGAUGAAAAUGAGCCGCAAUACCAUUACUGGGGCUUUACCAAAGCACCCAUUACUGAUCCGUGUAUACCAAAGGGGUAUACCAGAAGCGAGAUAUUAGGCGACAAAUCAUACGAUUUCAUUGGUGGGUCAAACUUUGAAAGCUGCCUCACCAACAUUUUCCCAGUCUUGGCCAACUCGACCCACGGAGGUGCUCCCAAGGCAAACUGCAAACAAUUUAAUGAGGGCGAUGAAGUAAGCGAGUGCUUAUUGAAUGAUUUGAUACCAUCAUUUGACUUUGAUGUUAAUCAUUUUAUAGGAGUGAGUGGAUACUGGGAUGCAAUUGGUGGCUUGUUGUCACAAAAGGAUAAGGCAAAACGUGAUAGCAGUGAAGACCAGAAGAAUACAUACGAUUACCAAACUAUAUUCAACAAGACUGAAAGAGUCUGUUCUCAGCCAUGGUCAACAUUACUUGAAUUAAAUCUUGAAAAGGAUGAAAAAGAUCGAUUGACGGAGGAUGAAUUGUCAGAAUUGUGCUUCAAAUCAUCUUGGAUUUUGAACUUCUUGCAUCUAGGGUUAGGGUUUCCUCGAUUUGGAAUUGAUGAACCAACGAGCAAUAGCAACAAGAAAUUCCAGACAUUGCAAUUAGUUGAGAAACUAGAUGGUAAUUCUUUUUCAUGGGCAUUGGGUAGAGCAAUGUUGUAUGCAAACGAUGAAUACAUCCAGGCAUUCAAUAACUACUCUGCUAUUCAACAAAAGGAUGCAAAUUUGCAAAGUAUAGACAGACCGGGAUUCUACCAUAGUCCUUCGGAAGCAUUGUAUCAAUUUGGUGCCGAGCAAAAUAAUAUUGCUGCUAGACCGCCAUUUGAGCCAUAUGAUGCAACCAAGACUUACCACUAUUACAAUUACGAAACCCAUGAUACUUCAGACCAUGAACUGAUUUGGAAUAUUGAACCCCACAGAUGGUAUGGAAUGAUUGUUUUUGGAAUCUUGUUGUCGAUUGUGGCUUGGUUGAUGUUGGGCAGUAGAAAAAGACAGCUUGCGGUGACUCGAAUCUCCAGUGCCUUUCGAAAGCUAGUUGAUAUAGCCAAACGCAAGAGGAAUAGUAAUUACCAUCACUACCGAAACGUGUCUACUGGGGAUAUGGAGAUUGGGUAUGAGUUGAAUGACGUUUUAAAAGAUGAUGAAGUAGAUUCGAGAUUUGAGAUUGGAGAUGAAGAAGAGUUUGAUGAUGAUGAUGAAGAUGAAGCAGCUCCAGCACCAGCAGUAAAAGAAGAUGGUAACAGCGAUUAA